AUGGCUUUCAUUAUCAGCCUUGUCAUUUUGUCUGGUUGGACAGCUGUAGCUUUUACAUUUCCUCACAAUACUUUUGACAACAUUAUCAAAGGCUCAAGAAUCGAACUUGAGUCAUCUGGCAGCGGACCGGAUGAACCUGUCCAGGGAAUAGUGAAGGUUGUGCAGCUGGACCCUCGUGCACUGGCCCACUCAGGGUUCAUCAGAGGGGGGCUGACCCCGAGAAGAGUCCCCUCCCUCAGCUCCAGAUUGUCCUUCCCUGCUUUCUUGUCUCACGGGCGUCCAGGUCUGGCCCCGGCCUCCAGGACCCCGGUCAGUCCACUACACGACCUACACCCUAAAAGCCCCAGUGUGCUGGAACUAAAGAAGAGGCAAGGCCUGCAGAUGUGGCAGAGAGCCAUAAAUAAAGGAGAGAAGAUGUCCCUGCCAGUAAACCUGAAGGACACUAAACAGACGUGCACUGCUGUACCUUUCACUCAGCGUGUAACAGCAGACGGAUGCAGCACUGUAACAGUGCACAACAAGCUGUGUUUCGGCCAGUGCAGCUCUCUGUUUGUCCCAUCUGAAGGGGACUUUGCCGGGUUGGGUACUGGGACAGGGGCCCUCCACCACCGGACCCCCUGCUCUCGGUGCGCCCCAUCCAAAGCUCGCACCGUGGCUGUGCCCCUGCACUGUGGAGCCAAGGUCUGGGAGAAGCAAGUGAUGGUGGUGGAGGAGUGCAAAUGUGAGACGGGCCGAGAGGAGAAGAGCGCUGGGGCCACACACCCGUAGCUGUUCCAA